CGAAGACGCCUGCGCUCUUCAGGGUGGCUCGACACCCCUGAAGCAGGUCUCGCCAGGUGAAAAGUCGAUUACCGCGAGCAGUGCGUCGACCUCGAGCCCAGGAGUGCCUUUCGAGCCCGGUGAUGUCUUCCUGAGACCCCGCGAGGAUGUUCCGAUGUGGCCUCCUGUCGGCAUCGACCUCGCCUCGACUCAGGGUCCCCAUUGGUGGGCGCCCUCCAGGGCGACGAGGUAGCGGCCCUCUUCGUCUUCCUCUUCAGGGUGAUCCGGAUCGUCGAGGUCCUGGGGGCCUCCCUCGGGCUCGACAUGCUCGCCGAGAUGGUUCGCCUGUCCUACCAGCAUCGCGCCUUCUACUGCUACGUCAUCCUCAGCGUCUGGAUCUUCCUCCUGGUCGCUGGCAUGUACAAGUACAUCGGCGUCGACGAGAAGAGCUCCCUCCAGGGCAGGACCUCGGGCAGCGAGCUGUCCAUCAGGGAGUUCCCGAGGAACUUCAAGCCGGACGUUAAGACCAAGAAGAUCUUCAGGUUCUGCAACCUGCCGAGCGACAUUCUGCAAGGCACCGAAGGGAAGGUAGAUGGGAACCUGACCUUGGGCGGAAUCCUCGUCUUCAUCCGCCACGGCGACAGGGGACCCCUGGCCCACGUCAGGAACAUCAGCACCGUGAACUGCGCCGGGGACUUCAGCAAUCCAGAACUGGAGAACGCUUACCAGAGCUACCAGAACUUCCUGCAGAACGCCUCGACCUACUCCAGGACCAGCUGGGCCCAGUUCCUGGGACCGUUCCACGGGUUCCCGAUGCUGCCCUCCAGUCCCAGAGACUGCAAGCUGGCCCAGCUGACCACUCUAGGAGUGGGUCAACUCCUGAAGACCGGCCUGCUCCUCAGGAGCGCCUACUUCAACAAGCUGAACCUCGGCAACGGGACCGUCACCUCCAAGGACGUCGUCGUCUACAGCACCAGGUACAGGAGGACCGUGCAGAGUGCGGUAGCCUUGCUGUACGCCUUCCUGGAGAACGACGGCUUCCAGAACCUCGCCAGGGUCAGUCUGAGAGAGACCCAGAGCUACGCCUUCUGCAACGUGGACUGCGCCUGCCCUGCGGCGGAUAGGUACCUGAAACAGCACUCCAGGGAACUGGCGGAGCACCUGAGGUCGCACCCAGCAGUUUCGGACCUGAUCAGACAAGCCUCCAACGUGGUCUUCGAGCUCCCCGACCAGGCCCAAUCUACGGACCCGAACACCCUGAGGGACGCCCUGUUGACGUACAUCUGCCACGGGGCCUCCUUGCCAUGCAUCGACCUGGAAACCCAAAGACUUUGCGUCAAAGCGGAGCACGUUACGGGUCUCUUCGCCUACACCGAGUGGGAAGCUCGACAGCAUGCCAAAAGCCACAGCAGGAGGAAGCAUGGCCUCCUCAGGGCGUACGGCUUGCUGAGGAACAUAGUCUCGUACAUGCUGAGAAUCAUCUCCGAGGCUAGACCAAAAGUGGUUCUAUAUUCCGGGCAUGAUAAGACCCUGGAAUAUCUGGCGACCGCUCUUGGAGUCAUGUCCGAAACCGCCGCUUUGCCCCAUUACGCGUCCAGAUACGUCAUAGAGGUCUACAGGGUGAACCCAAGAGGCGAGACCCACGUGGCCAGCGACUUCUUCUUCAGGGUAGUCGUCAACGGCAAGGACUUCACCCAGAGGAUCCCCUUCUGCAGGAACUCCAAUUUUUACACCGUCUUCUCCUCCGAUAGAGAUGACCAGGACAGGCCCAAGAGGGAGGCCAAACUCUGCCCCAUCGAGGCCAUCAUCAGACAGCUCCACGAUGAUUAUUUCCUCCCCUUCAAUGCGACGAACUUCAAGGAUGCUUGCUCCCUUCGGAAGAGAGGAUAAACGGGAAGUCGACAUCCAGUGGGCCAGUAUCUUGGGGACCCGUUUACCUUCCUGCGGGAUACGAAAAUAACAAAACUGGUAUCAGACAUUUGGUCAUAUACCGGAGCGAAUCCAGAGAGGCACAAGACUUGGAGCUGCCUUCGUAUAGAAAAUCGCGUUUAACAUUUAAUAUCAUCUGAACGUCGUUAGGAAAUCUCGGGAUUUCCCCGGAAACGGAAUGUUCACCUCGACGAUCAGCACCGUCGAUAUUCGAGCUAUUGUCAUUUCGGACAAUUCUUAAAGCGACAUCUCACUCGAUAAAGAGACGUAGAAUUUCUUACCGAGUUAAGAAAGGGGGGAAAAAAGGAAAGGAGAAGAAAUCACCAGAGUUGCACACUUUAGAGAUUCCCCUAGGUCUCCCUCGCACCGGAUAGCUCGUCUUCGGUCUAGGGAUAAUUUCUUAUCAUUGACCAGACCUCUCGCAUCGAUCUUACCAAGAAAGUAUUAGGAUUUCUAAAGUAGGACCCGUUUCCUAAGGGCUUAGGUUUAAAAAGAAAAACGCGAAUCACCUUCGGGAUUUCCGCCAUUUUGGAGUCGUUCGGUUCUGCUGGCGGAUAUUUAAUCAGAAUUUCCACGACCUUAACACCAUAAUCGGAGAAGAAUACAGAGGGAGAAGACGGAAUAGAGAAGUUUGCCUUACGCAUGAAUGUUGGGAAAAGUAAUAAUUAAAGAGAAAAAAAAAGAAGAAGAAAAGAAACAAGACAAAGAUAUCAAACGCCACCCUCGAGUUCUCGACUUAGACCAUCGUCUAUCUUCUAAAGUAUAUCCAAGGGAGCCUUAAGAAUCUAGACUACUCGACAAGCUCUUUAGAGGUAGUUUCGUAAACGAUGAAAAUACCUAGCUUUAGCUGGCCGUCAUAUAUUUUAUCAUACAACUCGAUGUAUAUAUUGUACAUAAAGUCCCGGAGCCGAGUGACCUCGGUUCUGUAAAUUGUAAAUCAACGUGGGCGACACCGAAGCCCCGAGACCUCUUAAUCGUAUCCUUAGACAAUAUCGUCAAUUUUAUACAAUCCUUAGGACUCCUUCCUUCCUUUCGCACGCCUAGAAGAAUAGUUACAACGAUUAGACUCUGUAAGCGCCGAUAUCGAGAAAUGAAUAACCGGAAGAGGGCUCUUUCCAACGUUAACUUGAAGAUUCCCCGUUUUCCUUUCCAGUGAAAAAGUAGCAACGACAUUUAACAAUACGUCCGACUAAGCCACCAUAGCGAUGUAAGGGAUUAUUUAACGCUAUUUGUUCAUAAAAGUGGGUUCCACCUUCCCUUAGCGUUGCGCUCAAGAUGGCGGACGGAAGCUCGAAGAAAUUCUAUUGCGGUUACGACUACAGAUUUCUAUUGCAUUUAUGGAGAAAUAUAUAUAUAUAUAUAUAUCGAACUAUGCUUGUUAAACGUAUCGAGUGC